UCCUCAAAGCCUCCACAAAUUGUCCGCACACUCUGCACACUCUGCUACAGCGGGAGCGCAGUCCACUGCGCCGCCAAAAGCUUUUUGAAAAGCUGUUAUUAAUAUAUAACAGAUUGUGCCCUCGACUCUUGUAAGGUCGAAGCGGGGAUCGCAUUAUUAAGAGAACAGUGCAGGGUUUUUUUUCUCUUUCUGCUGCACACAUAGGUCCACAUGCGUGUGCUUUUCUUGACGUCAGGAGAAGUGUGAGCGGCUCCAGCUCUGCGCACACGCACAGCACCCAGAACGCUCCCACAGGGAAGGGCAACACAUCACAGCCGCGGAUCGCAAUUUAGAACUUGUGAAGGUCUGCGUGCGCCUCCAUGUCGCAUGCCUGCAGCCUCCUGAUUUAACCCAACGAUGCCGUAUACCCUUGAGCGCUGCAGCGAACCCACACCGCCUUUUCCUCUCCCUUGCAUGAUCACCACCAGCACGAAGCUGUAGUGUGGCGAAUCCGACCAGCGUUGUACGAUGCCCCUUGGAGAGGAUGGACAUGGAUGGAAAAAGAAGACAACAGACAUCAAGGAACAUUAUGACUUCAAAGAAGUGCUGGGAACGUAAGUUGCACAGGGGAGCUUUCUCAGAAGUGGUACUAGCAGAGGAGAAGAGGACUCAGAGGCUGGUAGCCAUCAAGUGCAUCCCCAAGAAGGCAUUGGAAGGCAAAGAGAACAACAUUGAAAACGAGAUUGCUGUCCUACACAGAAUCAAGCAUGCCAACAUUGUUACGCUGGAGGACAUCUUUGAAAGUACAUCCCACCUGUAUCUGGUCAUGCAGCUGGUAUCUGGAGGCGAGCUGUUUGACAGGAUCGUGGAGAAAGGCUUCUACACGGAGAGAGAUGCCAGCCAACUCAUCCACCAGAUCCUGGACGCAGUCAAAUAUCUCCACGACAUGGGAAUCGUGCACAGGGACCUGAAGCCAGAGAAUCUAUUGUAUUACAGUAUGGACGAGGACUCCAAAAUCAUGAUCAGCGACUUUGGACUGUCGAAGAUUGAGGGGUCAGGGAGUGUCAUGUCCACAGCCUGCGGUACUCCUGGAUAUGUGGCUCCUGAGGUGCUCGCUCAGAAGCCGUACAGCAAAGCAGUAGACUGCUGGUCCAUAGGAGUUAUUUCUUAUAUUCUGUUAUGUGGCUACCCUCCGUUCUACGAUGAAAACGAUUCCAAGUUGUUUGAGCAGAUUCUGAAAGCUGAGUAUGAAUUUGACUCCCCAUACUGGGACGACAUCUCAGAUUCAGCCAAAGACUUUAUCUGUCACCUGAUGGAGAAAGAACCAUUGAAGAGAUAUACCUGUGAUCAGGCCCUCCAGCAUCCAUGGAUCUGCGGGGACACGGCUCUGGACAAGAACAUCCACGAAUCUGUCAGCGCUCAAAUCAAGAAGAACUUUGCCAAAAGUAAAUGGAAGCAAGCAUUUAAUGCCACAGCGGUGGUGCGCCACAUGCGGAAGUUGCAGCUGGGUACAAGUCUCGAGGGACCUAGUCAAAUCACUCCCACCAGUCCCUGCCACGGACAUCUGCUCCCAGAGGAGGAGGAGGGGGAGGACGAGGAGGAGGAGGAGGAGGAAGACGACUUGGGGAAUGGGGAGGAGGAGAGCUUGUCCCACUAUGAGGACGGCCGGCGCGGGAGCACCGAGGGCAGCGCCGACCGGGACAGCCUGAGGAGCUGCGCCUACUGCUGCAGGCCGGCCAGUCGCGUCUGAGCCACUCCCGGUUGCCACCGGUGACGUCGUUUAGAACCCCGCGGCGCCUAGAACCCGCCCCCCCCGCCCCCCCCCCACCCCAGUCUGGCCAUGAAUGCAGAGUAGUUAUCAGCCGCCAGUGGCCCCCACAGUGCACCCACAAGGAGCAGGUCGCCGUGUAGAGGAACAUACUGUGAGGAUUCUUUGUCCCCCUGUUAAAAAAAAAAACAACCCACAUCCUGACUCAAGAGACGCAACUUGUUACUUUUUUUUUCUCCUUUCGCCGAGUGGGGGGGGGGGGCUUUAAAGGCAGCCGGGUCCCUUCUGUUCAUUAGUGGCCCCGGGUGCAGAACCCAAGCCUCUGCUGCCUCCAUCUAUCUUUUUAUUUUGGUUUCACAUCACAACUACCGUCCGUCUGCAUCAAUCAGGUUCUCACACUUGUGUGUGUGUGUGUGUGUGUGUGUAUAUAUAUAUAUAUAUAUACGUCACUGGCAGCUUUCUCCAAAAUUCUGGCCAGACGGGGCACAAGGAAAAGGGGGGAACACUUUCUAGGUUGAGCAACUAAAAAGCUACUUCUGCAUGUCUUUCUACUUCUUACCCAUCAAUGUGACUCUAGUCACUGACCAAGUAGCUGUUGACUUGAAUAGAGUUGAAUCUCAAGGCACGACUUCACUGCUGAUGCCACCUGCUCGUUGGUUCUUUUCUUUCCCCUUCACAUUAAGUGUUUCUGUCACUGUAAAAGUUUGUUUUAUUUGGACCCUCUGUUGAAACGUGGUGGGUCACGGACUCUAUUUUCUGGCUCAGACUGCGUGUGUGGAGAGUUUUUGCAUGCUUUAGUUUGGGAAGUGGGAAAUGAAAACGUAUGAAUAUAUCAAAAGGAGACUUUUCUUUUUUUUGUUUGUUUUAUGGCUGUUCUGUUAUCAGAGGCUCAAACUGAGAUCCCCGUAAGUCAUCGAAUCACAGGGCUGUGACUUACCCCCCCCCCCCCGUAGGCUCACUUCAUGUUAUUUUGAGCAUCUGAUCAUUCUCCCUGUUGUGUGUGUGCUGUCAGUCUCUCACACUGAGCUGUGUGGGAUCUUAGUUUGGGUCGCUCCGCCUGCUCCGUACUGUGCACCUCUAGUGGAUAAAGUUUUGGUCUACUGUUUGCAUGACCUGGUUAAAUAUGUUUACAUGAAUGAUGAUCAAUUAGUAUAAACACACAUGAUUAUUAUUACUAUGUUGUAUUGAGAAAAAAAAAUGAUGUAAUACUGUAACUUUGAGAUAUAUAAUGUGAAGUGAGUAACACCAGAAUGUUAAUGUUAAUGUUGUUGACAGAGUACAACGCAGCACAGUGAACUUAUCAUUUGCAUUUACUGUGAUGGUCGAAUCUGAACCCGAAUGGCAUUUCAAUUUCUUUGAUUAUUCACAACUCAAUUCAGUUUUCUUGCCGUUGCUUUUGUGGAAUCUAUUUAUUCCUUUCGGAUACCGAGGCACAGGCAGAAAAAUACACAUAUCGUAAGAACCCCGUCUGCCAUGGGAGCAGCCCCUUGUCACCCUGCAGACUACAGUACUAAAGUGGAGACACUUUACUUUAGCUUCAGAUGUGUUUUCAUCUUAGAAAUAUACAACUUGGACAAAGCAUAACAUUUAUUGUUCUGGAAAUCCUUAUUUUAGUCAUACCAUUGCUAUAUGUUAUAUUUAAGUCAUGUCAUGAUACAAUUCCAUAUUAUUAGUUAGUUAGUUAGCUGAAGAGAUCAUGAACCAAUUGCUGAAAAAAAAUGUUGCCCACAUAAAACCAGUUCCCUCAAUUUUGCCAUUAAUAUUUGCCAGUACACAGAACAAUAAAUGAAGGAAACCACUCUGGAUUUACAUGAAUGCAAUUGUGAAAAAAUAUGCAAAUUGUGUGUGAAGGGCUCCAUGUUAACUGUAAGAUGACUUCAUAUCGAACCGUACCUGGGAUUUGUUUCCACCUUGCUGUGUUUUUAAAAAAAAGCGUAUUUUACCCAUUCCAAACACAUCUAAAUGCAUAAAGAAACACAUGUAUAUUAUAUAUAUAAAUAUAUAUAUAUAGAUAUAAGUAUAUAUUGUAUAUCCUUUUUUGUAAAAGCUGUUUUGAGCUACAAACGUAUGGAUGCAAUGCAUCAUGGGUUAUUGAACAAGUUGUAAGGAAAUACAAUGAUUUCUACCCACAGAGAUUUGAUUGCAGGAAAUGAAAUUAAACUUCCUUGUCUAUGCA